AUGACGUCCAACAGACCCUCGCAGACCGAGGUCCAUCAGACCGUCAAGCAGCUCAUCACCAACCUGGUCAACAUCAAAGACGCCACAGGAAAGUUCCUGCUGCGGCUACAGGAUGGUCGGGUCAUUGACACCAAAUCCUGGCACGGGUGGGAGUGGACGCAUGGUAUCGGGCUGUACGGCAUCUGGAAGUACUAUGAGAUGACGGGCGAUGAGUCCCUCCUGCGCAUCAUUGAAGAUUGGUUUGCGGCGCGGUUCGCUGAGGGCGGCACCACCAAGAACAUCAACACUAUGGCUGUCUUCCUGACGCUGGCCUACGUCUACGAGAAGACGGGCAACGUGACCUACCUGCCCUGGUUGGAUGCCUGGGCCGAAUGGGCCAUGUACGAGUUGCCUCGCACGCGGUACGGCGGCAUGCAGCACGCGACCUACCUGACCGAGAACUACCAGCAGCUGUGGGACGACACGCUGAUGAUGACCGUCCUGCCGCUGGCCAAGAUCGGCAAGCUCCUGAACCGUCCCGAGUACAUUGCCGAGGCCAAGCGGCAGUUUCUCGUUCACAUCAAGUACCUCUUCGACACCCAAACGGGACUCUGGUUCCACGGUUGGACCUUCGAGGAGGGAGGGCACAACUUUGCGCGCGCACGCUGGGCCCGCGGCAACAGCUGGGUCACCAUCGUCAUCCCCGAGAUUAUCGAGCUGCUCGACCUCGAGCCGACGGAUCCGAUCCGCAUCCACCUCAUCGAUACGCUCGAGGCCCAGUGCGAGGCCCUGCAGCGGCUCCAGGAGAGCGAGACCGGCUUCUGGCAUACCCUCCUCGACCAUCCGGACUCGUACGUCGAAGCGUCUGCAACCGCCGGGUUUGCGUACGGCAUCUUGAAAGCCGUCCGCAAGCGAUACAUCGGCGGGCAGUAUCGUCCCGUCGCGGAGAAAGCGAUUGCAGCAGUGAUGAGCGCGGUGGACGAGCAUGGCGAGCUCCAGAAUACCAGCUUCGGCACGGGAAUGGGUGAUUGCUUGCAGUUCUACAAGGACAUUCCGCUGACGGCAAUGCCAUACGGGCAAGCGAUGGCAAUUAUGGCGUUGGGAGAAUACCUGCGGACAUGUUUAUAA